AUGGCUUCUGCUAACAAGACCGACAUGGCGGCGACCAUUGACGAUUGGACAGCAGAGGUGGUUCCGGCUUGCUCUUCUUCCCACGUUACCAGGGAUUGCGGGACUUGGGGGAUUGGUGCGUUGGGUGCAGAUGUGGAGCUCGAUGAGAUUAGCUUCAGAUCGAAGGCGCUUGACGACAAGAUCCUGUGGAAUCGUUAUGCCGCAGCCGUCAAGCGUGGAAGUGCUAAAGCCUUCAUAGAGAAGUUGCCGAACCGCUUGACUGCUGCUGGGCAGGGGGGAGGGGGACCUCUGUCCAUUGAUGAGCUUAAGAAGCUUGUAGUCACAUCCAAGGGAAGCAGUCGCUUGGCACAAGGUUCUGUGUGCCAUACGGAUUCCGCUAAAGCUUACAAGAAGUUGGCCUCUGACGAACCGUUGCCAGCUUUGUACAGCGGUGCCUUGGCAUGGCCUUCGUUUUCUGAGUUGAAGCUAGCCCACAGCAACGUCAAGCAUAAGCCGCCUCACCCAGAGUUUGCCCGAACGUUCCGAAUGAAAGUUUGGACAGGGCGCGCUUGGACCGAAUAA